AUGCUCACCAACAACCACUGCGUUCCGUCCGAUGACGACGCCAAGUACGUCCAGGUCGAGUUUGGCGCGACCUGCGCUAGCUGCGAGGACCCGAAGAACUUUGUGCAGCUGGCGUGCAAGGGCACAAUGGUCGCGUCGAGCGUGACGCUUGUGGCCACGAGUCACGCGCUGGACUUCUCGCUUGUCAAGCUCAACCUCUUCCCGUACAUUGGGGAUCUCUCGAGCUACGGGUAUCUCCAAGCUCGAGACAGCGUACCCGUGCUCGACGAACCUAUCUGGCUCGCUGGGCACCCGAGAGGAAGCCCGAUGCGCAUUGCGAGCACCACGGACGGGGGCGUGCCGGGGACGAUUGUAUCAACCAAUGUCGCCGACAGUUGCUCGACCAACGCUGUCGGGUACCUCCUCGACACCGAGAGCGGGUCGUCGGGCUCGCCGGUCCUGAGCACCACGGACAACAGCGUCAUUGCGCUCCACAACUGCGGCGGCUGCAACGCCGCGACGAAAUCCAACGGUGGCAUCCCGAUCGCAAGCAUCCUCGCGUAUCUGCGAACCAACGGCAUCCCGCUACCGCCCAACAGUGUCUCGGCCACGCCAACGCCAACGCCGACCAUGACGCCUGCUUCGACGAAGACCCCCCCACCCCCGACCCAAACGAAGACCCCGACACCGACCCAGGCCCCGACUCAGAAUCCGACUCAGAACCCGACCGAGUCCCCGACUACUCCGACACCAGACGUCGUCCCCGCCUGCUAUACAGAGUAG